AUGACUGAGAGCCGGCUGUAUGGGCUGCUGGCCUCUGUCUAUCCCUGCGUGGGCUCCGUGCAGCAGUUCAUUGCCGAGAUCGGCGCCGCUGCUGCUGCUGCUGCUGCCCCGCCAGCGCUGCUGGAACCCAGUGACCCCGACAGCUAUAAGCGCUUCGUCUCCCAGCUGGUGGUCUGCGUCCCCGGGGGGGCUAAGGCGCUGUGCCGGCCGGUCACCUUUCAGCAGCUAUCGACACAGAGUGAUGUGGUUUUGCGAGUAAUUCAGAGGAUUUGUGAGAAAGGCAAACGAAAUGUGCUAAGCUUUGGUUACGCGUGUGUUAAUGAAAUGAGUUUCAUACGCAUCAGAUCGGCCCCCAACAUAUGUAGUUACCAACCAAAUCCCACGACAGUUACCAUCAAGAACAGCAUGCUAUGGAAAACACUGCUCAGCCGGAUUGGUGAUGAUAUCAUGAUGUACUUAUUGGAGCAAUGCUCUCUCUUUAUGCUGGUUCCACCGAGCUGCUGCUUCCAGUUAUGUGGAGUCCCCAUCUAUAGCCUGGUUACAAGUGGCACCAGGCUCCCAUCUACCUGGCUCAGGCAGAGCCCAGCCAAAUAUUGGUGCAAUAUUUCACUAAAGUGCGCCCAAAAGAGAGCCAGAUUUCGUAAAGGCUUCUUGUCAAAAAGCAGAAGAUGGAAGCAGAGAUCACCAGGAGUUGCAAGUGAAGCACAAGCUGCUGAGCCCAGCAAGCGGAAGCAUCGGACAACCCUAAGUGGUCCUGAAUGCAAAUCUGCAAAGUUGGCUAGACUUGAACUUGAUGCUGACAGAUGGGAAUCAAAGGAUACAAUCACCAUGGAAGCAAAAUCCCUAAAAAGAUGUCUGAAAGACGAUAAAGUAGAGUCUCCUGCAAAGAAGCUGAAGGGAAGCCAGCUGUCAGCAGAAGGUAUGGCUCUCCAUUCAACAGAACAGGAUACACUCCGCGUGGAGAAUAUAUCAAAUGAACCUCCUGAAAUAACUGAGCAAUCUGGUGUAACAAUUGAUCAACCAACUGAAGGAGCCAUCGAAUGGAAAGGGCAGGGGAGUAACACUGACGAACGUGAACUGAAAUAUCCCAAAUUCAGUGCACGUGUGAACCUAGCAAAAGAAAGUACCAGUGCAGAGUACAAAAGACAGGACUCGGGUGCCAAAGCACUUGAACUGACUGAAGGAAGAGGAGUUAAAAGCAAUAGGAAUGGGCACUUCAUGCAUAGUGAGGAAAUUAUUUCUUCUGGUAAAGAUGAUUACUCCUCUGUAGUGGAAGGGGAAAGUUCAGAACACACAGAGCUACAGGCUAAAAAUACAGUGGUAGAACAUGAAUCUGCAAAGAGUGGUGACAGCUCCACCGUCGCAGGAAUUGGAGAACAGCAAAAAUAUGAGGAAAUAGAGCAAGCAAGAAGCAGGAACUCUAAUCAAGGUGGCAAAUUCACAGCUAGAAGUACAAGCAAUAUACAUUGUGCUAAAUCUGCCUUUGGAAAGAACACUGAUGCACAUAGACAGCACCAUGGAAGGUUUGGUGUGUUAGCACACCCUAUAUUUGCUGGGAGACCACAGCAAACCUCUAUAGAUGCUGCAGUAGCAAAGAAUAGAAGAAAAUGGGCCCCAAUUUAUAUUGAAAGGGGAAAUAUAAUGUAUUGUAGUAAUAACAGGGAACAGUUGCCAAACACGUUUAUACUAAAUCGCUUGCAAGACUUGAACACGGGCGGUCAAAGGCUUGUAGAAACGAUCUUCUUGAACAAUGCUACAUUUAGGAAGAAGAAAACACAAGUCCAGCCCAGUAACUACUGGAGGAAGAAGAGGUUUCCAAAACGCUACUGGCAAAUGAAAAAUAUUUUCUUUAGAAUGCUGAGGAAUCAUAAGCGAUGUCCAUAUUUGCAGCUCUUGGCUAGAAAUUGCUUUGUGAUCACCCAGAAGGGAAGUAAGGUCUUUAGUGCUUCAAAUGUUGUGAGAAAUGCUGAGUCAGAUUCUUUUCCUGUCAUGAAGGUGGCUUGUAGGUCUUUCAGCAGUCAAGACACAGGGUUGGAAACUAAUCACCCUGUUGGUGAAACCAUUCCCCUAAUUGCAAAACGGGGUCAAUUAUUGAGCAAGAAUUUAAAGGACCAUAAUUCAAUGAGAACGGAUCCUCCUGGACACAGUUCUACCAUUGAAAGGGACUUGGAGGAGCAGACAGAUCCUUUGAGACCUUCAGAACGCCCUGGCUUGUGUUCUCGGCCGAGCAAUCUACUUGAAGUUGCGGCAAUGAAACAUAAAGCAAACGAAAAGAGCAGCACGUCCAGAGACUUCAACGAUUCAUCCGGCUCGGACAAGGACUUGCUCCAUUUGCUUAAACAGCACAGCAGUCCACUUCAGGUUCACCGAUUUGUGAGAGAGUGUCUGCUCAAAGUUGUACCGGUCGAGCUGUGGGGCUCCAACCACAAUAAGUGCAGAUUCCUGAAGAAUGUGAAGAAAUUUAUCUCCUUGGGCAAGUUUGACAAAUUCUCUUGCAGUGAGCUAAUGUGGAAGAUGAGAGUGACCGAUUGUACAUGGCUUCAGCUGACCAAAGGUCAGCACUUUGUUCCUGCAUCGGAGCAUCAGUUACGUGAAGAAAUCCUGUCUAGGUUCCUCUUUUGGUUAAUGGACACAUAUGUGGUACAGCUACUCAAGUCUUUCUUCUAUGUUACGGAGACAACGUUCAUGAAAAACAUGCUUUUCUACUACAGAAAACGUGUCUGGAACGAGGUGCAGAGGUUUGGUGUUCGAAAACAUCUAGCAAAAGUGCAGCUGCGACCUAUCUCACACAAAGACGUGGAACAGAAACAACGGCAGGAAACCUUACCACCCCCUUCCAAACUGCGGUUUAUUCCAAAGAAAAAUGGCCUACGACCAAUAGUGAAAAUGCGGAGCAAAACAGCACCAAAACCCUCUGUGAAAAGGAGCAGCUUUAGAAAGAUCCAGCAGUCCGACUCCCAAAUGAAAGUCCUGUUUGGUGUGCUGAACUAUGAGUGUCAACAGAACCCGGCCCUGAUGGGUUCCUCAGUCUUUGGGCUUGAUGACAUUUACAAAGCAUGGAGGGAAUUUGCGUUACAGAGUCUGAAAGCUGGAAAAGUGAGAGAGAGUCGUCCUUAUUACUUUGUGAAAGCAGAUGUCACUGGUGCCUACGACACCAUUCCUCAUGCCAAGUUAAUGGAAGUGAUUUCAGGAAUACUGGAUCCCACGGUACAAGAGAGUUACUGCAUCCGGCACUACACAAAGGUCUGGAUGGAUUCCAACGGACAAAUUAGAAAGUCAUUCAAAAGUCAGGUUUCUACUAUGAUGGAUCUCUUGCCAAACAUGAAGGAAUUUGUGUCCCAUCUACAGCAGGAUACCCCUCUGCAAAACACUGUACUGGUUGAGCAGGGUCUGACAUUGACUGAAACCUCUGGACAGGUGUUUAGUUACUUCAAGCAAAUGAUUGCGAAUAACACAAUCAGAAUUGGGGAUAAGUACUAUGUCCAGUGUUGUGGAAUACCGCAGGGCUCCCUCCUGUCAACCUUACUAUGUAGCCUGUGUUAUGGUGACAUGGAGAACAGGCUCUUCAGUGGGAUUCAGGAGGAUGGGCUGAUGCUGCGAUUGGUUGAUGACUUUUUGCUGGUCACUCCACACUUAGCACAUGCGAAAAGGUUUCUAAGAAUUCUGGCUGCAGGAAUCCCAGAGUAUGGCUGUUUUAUGAGUCCCCACAAAACGGUGGUCAACUUUGCUCUUGAUGAGAACCUUCCAGGCUGCAGCAAGGCCAAGUUGUUGCCAGAACACACUCUCUUCCCUUGGUGUGGCCUGCUGUUUGAUACACAGACACUUGAAGUCUACUGUGACUAUUCCAGCUAUGCAAACACUUCCGUCAGAUCAAGCCUGACAUUCAACUGCAGUUCCGAAGCUGGAAAAAAUCUGAGGAGAAAGCUACUGGCUGUUUUAAGGCUGAAGUGUCACCAUAUCUUCUUGGAUCUGGAGGUCAAUACGCUGAGAACGGUUAGCAUCAAUGUCUACAAGAUAUUCCUUCUCCAGGCUUACAGGUUCCACGCGUGUGUCCUACGACUCCCAUUUGGCCAAGGGGUAAGAGACAACCCCUCGUUCUUCCUUGAGGUGAUCUCUGACAUGGUUGCUUGUUGCUACUCCAUACUCAAAGCUAAAAACCGAGGGAUUCCUCUGGGAUUCAAAGAUGCUUCUGGUCCUUUUCCUUACGAAGCUGCCCAUUGGCUGUGCUGCCAUGCUUUCACUGUCAAGCUGUCCAAUCACAAGGCUAUUUACAAGUGUCUGCUCGGACCUAUGAGAACCUGCAGGGCCAAAUUGCAGAGGAUUCUACCAAGCUCCACAGUCCAGCUGCUGCAGUCUGCAACGGAUCCUGCUCUUCGUCGAGAUUUUGCUGUCAUCUUGGAUUGAAGCCAAACUGGAAGUACAGUACUGACACUGGGAAUACAAGAGUUCAACCAAGAAAUUGAGCCGAUAUUAUUAAUGUCUUGGCAAUAAUUUUCACAGUAUAUAAACUGUUAUCUGGACCCUGAGACCACCAGGAGAGUUUCCCCGGAAUCUACAGUAUUUUAUAACUUGCAUUGUGCCUGUUGACCCUUGUUGUGCUUGAUGUCUGAUAAGUGGUAACGUUUGCAGAACAAUAUCAUUGAUUUGUUACAUUAUCAAUGGAGGUUUAUCAUAAAAAGAGUCUUACAGUGUAGCUUCCCUGCUUAGACAGUGCCAUAUGUUUACAGGCAUUAAGGCUGGCUGCCACGUAUUCAUUUAAGGUUGAGUUGCUCCAAAUGAGUGGAUUUCAAUAAAUCAGCAUUGGGGCAAAAGGCACAUCUUGUGUGUUUACUCACAUUUUGUGACAUUACAGAGGAAGCAUAAAUGCUCCUAAACUCCUAAGCUCCGCCCUUUGGAACACCUGUCAGCAGUUUGGUGAGAGGAGGCCUGAUGAAUUUUCCACCGCCUACUUGUUGAAGCCUGGCGAAGUGCCUGUUAAUGCGUGGUCAACUGAUGCCACGUACAGAGACAGCCUGAACUAGCCUCACUUACACGAAGCUUUACCUAUCAGGUGUAGGGCAGUUUCAGUUGUUUUUUUUCUUUUGAAAUUUGUGUGAGGUGGAUUUACACGGGGGGGGUGGAGGGGGGGUUGUCCUGCCAGGGCACCAUGGAGACCCCAGUAAAAUGGCGUAACCUGUGUUUGUCAUUCUCUGGCAGUACUGCAAUCCCCUCCCCCAGAGUUCAGCAGACUCAUGAGAGCACCCCUACGUAAAUUCAACCCUGAUUUCUUUGGCAUGCUGACGGGACUUUUGGGAGGGUGGUUAUUGUCUUUGAUAACGCAAAUUACCUCAGUAAGGGUUUUCUGGGUGACUUUUCAAUUGUGUCGCAGUUUUAAAGCUAUCCAUUGACGUAUUGAUGUUUAUUAUUGAAGAGCGAUAACAGCUGCCAGCACUGAAAGCUAGGAGCGAAACAGUUGUAGGCGUGAACUGUAAUUGGUCGUUGAUCUGUUUUGAAGAUAGCAUCUUUUGAUUAUGCUUUGAGUAUGAAAGAAAGUCACACAUGCUCCUAGAUUUCAACUGCAGAAUGUGGUGAUUGGAAAUUCUGACAUUUUUGGAUUGUUCUCUAAACAGGUACCAGUGUUAUGUUUACUGUCCUAGAAUGGCAGUGUACAUAAAUGUGAUUUUUAACUGUAUUUGGCAGUCACAUCAUGCUCUUACAGCACAUCAAGCAUUGUAUGAAAUGUUUUUUGUAUGAGCCCUGCGCUUUCGAACAGCGUGUUAACCCAGACUAUCAGCUUUGAUUGUGAGGAGUCGCUCGUGAUCACUGAUGGGAUAUGAUUAGUUACCCCAAUCGGGCUGUCUUCCAAAGCCUUUGUUAGAUGCAAUAGCCAUUACAGGGAGGGUUGCCAACCACAAUCGAAUGUAUUCUUGGAGGUUUCAUCACAUGACUUGCCCCCAUGCUGUAGUUGUUUGUCAGCUAACACAUUCAUCCCUGUGAUGUACUGCCUUCCUAUGCCAAUUGGAAAGCAAAAAGACUCAUUAUCCAACUGGA